GUGCUGGCAUGGAGCGAGCCCGGAAGCCUGGCCUGCCCCAUACCCCUGCUGCCAUGUGGCCCUUCCUCAGCCGCACCCUCUUCCCUCCCCCUACUGAGGCCUGGCUCCAGAGGGCUUCCUCAGACCCUGAGGCCCAGGGCUGGGGGGCCUGGAGCCCAGCCGAGAAGACCCAUCUGGACCCGGGGGCUGGGGGGGAGGAGGAGGAGAUGGGGGAAGCUGAGGAAGACGAUGAGGAAGAUGCCGGCUUCCUGCUGUCUCUCUUGGAGAGGAAGGGCCUGGCUGAAUGCCUAGUGCCUGACCAGGGAUGCCUGGGGGCCGUCCCACCUCGAGGCUCAGCCUGGGCCAUGUGCUGGCAGGAGCUGGAGGCCAUCAAACUGAAGCUGUGGGCCAUGGAGCAGGCCCAGGGGCCGGAGCUGCCCAGGGUGCAGGACCUGGAUGAAGGAGAGGAAGCCGCCGGGGCCCUGCUGGCCAGGCAGCUAAUGAGUCCCGAGACAGACAGCCCCCUGGAGAAGGCAGAGGCUGACCACAGAUCCGUCUACGUGGGCAAUGUGGACUAUGGGGGCACGGCCCAGGAGCUGGAGGCCUAUUUCAACCACUGUGGGAAGAUCCACCGGGUCACCAUCCUGUGUGACAAGUUCUCUGGACACCCCAAGGGCUAUGCCUACAUAGAGUUUGCCACAGAGAGCUCGGCCCAGGCUGCCGUAGAGCUGGACAAGAGCAUCUUUCGAGGCCGGGUCAUCAAGGUGCUGCCCAAAAGGACCAAUUUACCAGGGAUCAGUUCCACGGACCGCGGGGGCCUUCGAGGACACCCAGGCGCCAGAGUGGGAUCCUUUCCCCACGGCGGCCUCCAAGGCGGGGCCCGUUUCAGGCCACGAGGGCGGAGCCGGGGACGCGGAAGAUUCUCACCGUGGUUUUCUCCAUAUUGAAGUGAGGACCGGAUUUUGAGAGUGGGGUUUGCCGCUGGGUCAGGAAUCAACAGCGGUGCUCCUAAGAAUAACUUCCCCGCCCCCUUCAUUCCUCUGGAGAACUGCCGGACCCCACCGAGGCCACCGUGCACGGAGCAGGGCACAGGGUGGGCCUGGCGCGGAUGCCAGUCGGGGCUGUGGAGGGCAUGGGACGAAGCUGUGGGCAGGUGAGGUCCGGGCACCACGGGGUCAGCGCCGGCUUGACUUAAUCAGGGAUGUUCCACUAACGCCUUUUAUAGAAAAGUAGAAAUAUGUAUCUUAUUGGUAAAGCAUAAAUUAUUAAACUUGAAUAUAUUUUAAAAGCA